CAUCAGCAGCAUUAAGACGGCUUGUAAUACAUGUGGUCAUCUGCGUGUCCCUUCCUCUUAUCAACUUAAAACACACCACUUGUUCCAUGAGCACGAUACACUCAUUAACAUUUCAUGGCUUUCUCUCCGAACAGUGUAUUGACAAGCCACCUGCGUGCAUUUGAUAGUCCUCAUUAAAAUUUAGUGAGUGGACCACCUAUCCAAUUGCCCAAGAAUGAGAGAAGUCCAAAGAAUGAAGAGCUUUAAUAUUCCUCCCGUUCUCUGAACCCUGCCGGAUAGUAUGUGUAGAAGAACUUAAAUGCUGCAGUGCAUACUAAAAGAAACAACAUGGUUUUAAGGAUAAAUGUCUUCAUUCACGUCUUGUUCAUUGCUGGAAAGGUCACCUCCAAGAAAGGUGUUAAAUGUGGAGGAAUCCUCUCUGCAAGCAGUGGCAAUGUGUCAAGUCCUAAUUUUCCAGGCCUGUACCCUUAUGACACUGAAUGCACCUGGUUGAUAGUGGUCUCAGAUGGCUCUUCCGUACUGUUAACCUUCCAACACUUUGAGCUGGAAUACCAUACGGACUGUGCCUACGACUACAUCAAGCUAUACAACGGCAUCUCCGAGGAUGAGGGCAACCUCCUGGGGAAAUUCUGUGGAGAUGUGUCUCCACCUCAGUUCAGCUCGUCCUGGAACGUCAUGUCCAUUAUCUUCCAUUCAGACCGCCAUGUUGCACGCAAGGGUUUCUCGGUGGGCUAUAGGAAAGAUAUGUGCGGUGGGGUUUUGACCGGUCUUUCAGGAGUCAUCUCAAGCCCAGGUCAUCCACAAGACUACAGCAACAAUGCCGACUGCUCCUGGACUGUACAUGUGUCCAAUCAGAGUGUAGUCAGCCUGGUGUUUCUCGACUUUCAGUUGGAAAACAACGAGGGGUGCAACUUUGACUAUGUGGCUCUCUUUGAUGGCCCCACUGUUAAACACCAUCACCUGGGCAAUUAUUGCGGUAAUGAGAGACCUCCCAACACCGUCACCACAUCAAACCAACUGCUGGUGGUCUUCAAAUCUGACUUCAACAUCGGAGGGAGAGGUUUUAAAGCCUACUACUACUCAGGAGAGUGCCAGCAAAUACUCAAAAAUAUCAGUGGGAACUUUACUAGCCCUCACUUCCCAAACAUCUACCCCAAUAACAUCAACUGCCACUGGACAAUCACUCUAGCGGCCGGCUACAGGGUCAAGCUAUUUUUCACCUUUCUGGAGCUUGAGGAUCGGAACAGCCUGACCGAGACGUGCAGCUAUGACUCUGUGACUGUGUACGAUGGGGACAGCGAGACUGACACUCUGUUGGGCCAGUGGUGUGGUAGUGAACAGCCUCCAUCGUUGACCUCUAAGGGAAAUAAACUAUUGGUUGUUCUCAACACUGACCGGAACUAUGCCUUUAAGGGCUUCACAGCUUCCUACAUAGGAGUGGUGCCAGUCAAUGUAAGCUGCACACGAACUGAGUUUCAGAUUCUGAUCUCCAGACAGGCUUUACCUCAGCUGGACCGUGAAAAAAUUUACCUGGGGAAUCCAUCCUGUUCGGCCCAGCUGACAGAAACAUCCUACAAAAUUCUAGCCCGUUUUGUCAACUGUGAAACUGCUGGACAGAAACGGCAAAACAUCACCAUGCUGGUCAACUCGCUUUAUAUCAACUUCUCUGAUGGAUCGCAGCAGAAUAUUCAGGAAUAUGAGUUGCAGUGUGACGCCCAGAGGAAGGUGGCCAUGGCCAACAUCAUCACAGUUGAGGAACGUAUCCGGCUCAAUGAAGAGGCCCGCCGGGCCCAGGAGUCAAAGAACAAGACAGUCGCAGAAGAAAGUGAACCGCAUGACACUAGUGACAUCAUCUUCAUCAGUAUCUGUGUUCUUGCUGUCAUCCUCAUGUUAAUUGCUAUUGUGUGGUUGGUGCUCCUAUAAACCUUAUACACCAGAGAAAGUGGAUUUACUUAUUGUAGCAUGAGCAUUGUUAUGUUUGAAGUGGAUGUCAUAACAAAUGUCAGUAGAAUGGGAAGAUUAUAAAACGAGCGGCUCUUUCAUAAAUCCAUAAGAUAUAUCCUUCAUGCUGUGGA